AUGUCGACAAGACCAUACACGAUGACAGUGAACGAGGGCUCGGACGUUCGCGAGUGUGGAUCAGUUACUGGAGGUCUCCUGAAGAUUUCAGAAACUGGUUCUCGAGCCCAGAAGUAUCUGCCUUUUGGCAAUCGCUCCCUGACGAUGCUGGCUUCAAUUGAGCCAACAGCCGUCGCGCAAGACCUUGAUAUCUUCCCUGAACUCGAUUUCAACAGAAAAAUCGAGAUUCUCUAUUAUUCUGACCUCAGGUGGAUGGAGCGGGUUGGGAGAAGAGAUAAAACGCAUGUCAAACUCAGAUCAAAGUUCAUGGAGCGAUACGGACCUGAUGGAGACAUGUCCCAUGGAGAUUUACUCUUGUGGGUGGAGUUGGGCGUGCUCAAGGCAAAAGACAUCGAAGCCGAGUACAUUGGAUGCUACGAGGCUACAGGAUUUUUAGCCUACGAUCACGACCCAAAUUUUGCUGUGGACGGAUAG